AAAGAACGAGAGACGACGUGACGUCAUCAAAAUCGCCAUCAUUGGUUUCCCAAUUUUCAUGACGUUUACACAUGUUUAUAGUAGUAGUGGGCUAUACUUCCUCAACUUUUGAUGUUUACUUGUAUUUUUAUUACAUAUCAGUGCAUCGGUAACAGGCGAUGAAUCCACUGGCAUUUAUGACUCAUCCCAGUAUUCGAAUCAAAGGUGCCGAGAACAACUACACGCCAACUAUUUGUUCCGAUCCAGAAUGCUCAACAAAGAUACCACAUAUGCACUGCCCCUUUUGUGUGAAAACCGAUUUCUACCAGGACCCUGUUAUCUUGAAAGCCCACUAUAGGGUGAAACAUGUUGAUAAGGGAAUUGAGUUUGCAGCUCUAAAAAUUCUGCGCUGUUGUGACCACUGCGACAUUGUUGGAAUUAUCAAAGGGGAGAAGAAGUUCAAGGGAGCUCACUGGCACUGCUACAAGUGUCGGAAUGGCUUUAACCGACGCGAUGAGGCUUUAAAACACUACAGAACGCAUUUCAGAAAUCCUCAAACAACGUUUCAGAUACAGAUUGCUCAGGAUGUGACUCAGUCUGUUACGGAUGAUGUGGAGAACCAUGACGCCACGACAAACAUUCAGGAUGAGGGGGUCAUACACCCGGUACUCACCGAGGCUGCUUGCCUGGCGUCCCCAGAUCAAGUGUGUGGGGAGGAGUCCGAGUACAGUGACAAGGUGAUGUCUGAUGGGGGUUUCCAAGUGUCGAUCGCGGCCAACGAGACGAUCAACACGGCCGACGGCCAGACAAUCAUGAUCAUCUCGGAGGAGCACCUGGAGACUGCGCGGCUCGACAGUCCACUGGAUGUGCACAUCGUCACGCAGAGCAAACACAGCAGCGGUGAGGAGGAGAAAGAUGACAAGAUCUGUGGUAAGAAGUAUGAAGUGCUUGAAGAUCAUUGCAGUAAACUGGAAAAGGACAAUGCUGCUUUACUGGCAGAAGUUGAGAGGCUCAAACUUCAGUCCCAGAUCCUGUGUGCUGAGAUCAACAGUUACAAGAAGCGCGAGUCCGAGCUACUGCAGCAGCUGAGCGCCAACUCGUCAGUGAACCUGCAGAGUCUGAUCAGCGAACUGGAAACACAGCACCGCGAGUUGAUCCAGGCACAGCUCGGUCAGCUGAGAACUGCGUACAUUACGCAGCUCGCACACGGCGGACCACAGUCCACUAAAGUUCUUCAAGUUGGCUUCUCAGCAAACACAGAAAUACAGCCCGAACAAGGGGUGACCAUUCUGAAAGAGGAAGACCUGACACACAACGAGGUGGAGAGUGCGGGUGAAAGGAAUGUGGUGGAUAACGGUAAUGCCGGUAACUACAGUGGGAGCGGGAUUACAGAGGAGGAAAUGGUCGUGUCAACGUCGUCGCAGGACGACCAGAUAAAUGUUUCCAUGGUGAUGGCAUCUCCACUGGUGAUGUGCGUGGAGGAGGGAAGUAACUGUUCCCCGUCUAUCAAGCAUGAACAGGUUGAUCUGGACCAAGACUCUGAUUUAAACAGAUCCGGGGUGGGGACCAGUGGGCAGCUCAGUGAAAACAACCCCCUGUCAUCGGAACCAAAGGCGAAAAGAAAAUGUAAAAGAUAGCAUU